AUGCGAGUCCAUCAGCCACGCGGACGAAGCGGGAAAAAUAAGAGGAGAGCAACAGCCACGACGUCCGCUGUUCGCAGCUCGCCGAAUGAGAAGAGGGCAAAGCAAGAUUUCGCCCCUAACGCCAACGGCUUCGUCCUGGCCCGGAGAACUGCAAGACGCAUACAGUCAUCGACGACGCUUCCACCUGCCGUCGCCAACUCAUUCGACGCACUUGCUGACACGCCGGAACACCUGCCGCGCGAUCCUUCGCCGAAGAAAGACUCACAUCUUCCGCCGGUGGUCCUCCAGUAUCGGCCGCAGUAUGGGGAACUGCAGAAGUUGUUGCGCAGCUGGACAACGGCCGUGUACACCGUGAAGCCUGCUGGGCGUGACCUGUACAGGGUCACACUCCGCACUGCUGACGAUUAUCGCCGGGUCACUCAGGAGGCGUCUGAGCGUGCGGCAGCAUCAGGGGCGUCCUCCUCCCUCCCGACAGCAUCGGACGCUCCUGCUCCCGCAGCAUCCGAGGACGUGCUGACACCUGAGGCCACUGCGCCUCCACAGCAGCCGUCAGUGGCGGAACCGAGAGCUGCCUCUCCCACUGCAUCGGCCGGGCCACGCCCCGCCAACCGCCGGCGCGGGGGUCGGCGCCCCGUGGGUACCCAGCUCUUAGCAACGUCAGUCGAGCAGCCCCAGGUGGACUCUCACAGCGAAGCAGCCGCGCCUCCCCCUUCCAGCGACGAGGCUGCGCCUGCUGCUUCCACCGUCGACCUGGCCAACCUUGUUGCGCAGCUCACUGCCCUAGUGACCAGCACCACGAAGUUGAUCGAGGCUCUGUCGCAGCAACUCACCGCUGUAGUGCCGACGGCCACACCGGCCCCUACCGCUGUCAACCCUCACCAGCUGCACCAUGGGAAGCAUUAG